CAUUUUAGAGAUGUUGAAGUGUGAUCGUCUCAUCGUAUCAACAAAACUUACAAGCAAAACGUAAUUGAGAAGCACUGUAUACCGAAAGCCUAAAUAAUCACAACCUUGGACUCUCAAUGCUAGCAGAGUAAACUUGUGUGUCAUCAUCACAAAACUUGUGUGUCGUCAUCACAAAACUUGUGUGUCAUCAUCACAAACGGUCACAUGACGCAUUGUGGGAGUUUUCCUGCAGACAAGCUGACAUCAUGUCUGUGUUAAUGUUGUCACACUCUUCUGCUGUUUAUGCACAUAUUUGCACAGCACCUCCCCUCCCUCACUCCCUGCCCACCGUUUAAUUGGCUUCCAUUUCCUCUCAGCUGGUCCUGGGUGGAACAACUUUUAACAGACCGUCUCUCACUCUCAGACAGACACACACACACACACACACACACAGUCUUACACAAACACACACACACUCAGAUCAGCAGCUCGCCGACACUGCGUGUGUUCAUGAGCGCAGCAUAAAAGUGGAGACCAGCUUCCUGUCCAGCACAUCACUUGAAGGUCCUACCAAGAAGACGUCCACCACUAACUGUGACUACAAUGACAACACUCAAUCUCCUCUUCCUGAUCGUCCUCCAAAUACAUCUUUCUGUUCCGCUAGAGGACAACAAGAUCCCUGCCAGUCUGUGUUCGGGUCACCCUGGAAUCCCUGGCUCUCCGGGAGGUCACGGCAGCCCCGGUCAACCGGGCAGAGAUGGACGUGAUGGAAGGGACGCUGCGUCCGGCGAGAAGGGAGAGAAGGGGGACAUGGGAGCUCCAGGUGAGGCGGGUGCACAAGGUCUAAGUGGGGACAGAGGUGACCCUGGAGAGCGAGGGCAGAAGGGCGAGGCGGGACAGUGUGCCGUCUCCCCCAAAUCCGCCUUUAGCGCCAAAGUGUCAGAAGGUCGCGACCUACCCCUCCCCGCGGGCGACACGGUGCUCUUCGACAAGAUCCUCCUCAAUGAGCAGGGCGACUACAACGCCGAGACGGGCCGCUUCACGUGCAAAGUCCCCGGCGUCUACUACUUUGCCGUGCACGCCACCGUGUACCGUGCCAGCCUGCAGUUUGACCUGGUGAAAAACGGACAUGCCGUCGCGUCCUACUUUCAGUUCUUCGGGAAUUGGCCCAAACCGGCGUCGUUGUCGGGCGGUUCCCUGCUCCACCUGGUGCCUGGAGACCAGGUUUGGGUCCAGAUGGCUCUGGGUGAGUACAAUGGAUUGUACUCCAGCACUAAGACGGACAGCACCUUCAGCGGCUUCCUGGUCUACUCGGACUGGAAAAACUCUGCAGUUUUUGCAUGAGCAGUCAAAAACUACAACCUUUACAGUCAAACAUUAAACCACUUUUUAAGCCACUUAUAACUGUGGGUAACUAUCUUACAAGUGUAAGAUGAAGUGCAUUUUUUUUGGUAUUGUAAGUAUCAUUAUCAACUAUCAUUAUCACUGGAAGAAGAGGCUGGACUUGUUGCACACAGAGGAAGAACUAGUUUAAAUAUUGUGUCGAUAUUGUUAAACUGUCAUUAGCACUCAACAUAAAUACAUUGGAACAUUUACAGUUAAUACAUGGGAUGGUAUCGGCCAUCUCACUCAUGGAUGAUCAGUAUGGGAAUUGGCAGCAUAAAACCCUGAUCGAAAUAUCCCAAGUUUUUACAUCCACGCUGUAACUCUGCACUUGUCCUACAGUACAGAUGCAAGUUUGUCAAUCAAAUUGUGAAAAUAAUAUCUACAUAUUGUGUCAAUGUGUGAUAUUAAACUUGUGAUCCAAGCAGCAUUGAAGACAGACAAAAAUAAAUGAAUAAUAAGUUGAAAUGUGGACACUAAAAACUAGACGCAAGAUGUUUUUUUGUUUUUUUAAAUAUCAAAUAUAGCAAGCUUACUGCUUCUCUAGAAUGAUACCGAUUCACUUAUUAAUAUCUUUUUUUUUUUUUUUAAAUGGUGCACAUGCAUCUUUUUUUGCAUGCUUCUCUAGAAUUGCUUACAUUGGCUUCAAAACACUGACAUAGCCAUGCUGGCAGCUCAUGUGGCUGAUAAGGUUUGAUGUGUUGAAGCAUGAUUUUUUUUUCCUUCUCGCAAAAGGUGCAAAUGGCAUGCAAAAUGUCUUCUUCUGAAACGGCGGAGAAGUCCCGAAACGAUCAACCAUGUUGGUUUACAAUGAGCUCACGAGAGGUUUACAACUUGCAGAAAAGGAGCGCUUGAUCGUACACAGUAUGGGGAAUCUUGCAUCAUUUGAGCAUUUUUUUUGCCAACAUGCAG